CAAUAAAAAAAUGGGCAAAAAUUAUUAGUUGAUUAACUGACAACCAUUGACGCUUCAAAACAACAUGGCGGUAGCUGGCGUUUUAGAAGGGCUGAAGAGUACAAGUUUAGGGAAAGUUAAAUAUGAUCCUUAUUGGCUUGAAGAAAAUCGCCUUCCUGAAAUUUUGCAAGAGUCUACAUCACCACCAACAUUAAAAAAUGUAACUGCACAGUUUAAUAUCUUCAGAACUGAAAAUGUGGAGAAAGAACAACAUCAAAACAUAAAUCAGAACAAUUCCAGAGUAGAUGAUGACAGGCAAGAUGAUAUAUCAAUUAGUAUAUGUUCAGAUGAAGCAGACCAUGUAUCUGAAAUUAAAAAUAUUGCAUUUCAACCGGCAAACCAUGUUGAACAAUCACUACAGAGUUUUGAAGACAAGUGGCAACAAAAAGCUGAGGAAAAUAUAAAGAAAAGAAGAGAAAGUCAAGAGCAAUACAGUAAUCAUCUAUGGGACCAGUCAGUGAAACAAGUAGCAGUUCUCGAACAACAUCAGAAAAUUAAAACAAUGCAAUUGAUGAAGAGAGUGAAGAAAAUAGAGGAGGAAAGCAAUGAGACAAUACGCAAAAGAUUACUUCAUCAGAGAGAAAGCCAUCAGCGUAAUAUUAAGAGAUUAGAUGCUAAAUUAAAGGAAGUAGAAGAGAUGACUGAAGCUGAGGCUGUAGAGAGGAGGCGAGCAGAAUUAGAGGCUGAGCGAAAGGCCAAAGCUGCAGAAGCCAAGAAGCAUUUGGACAGUAUGAAUCUUGUUCACAAACAAAUCAAGGAAUGCUUAUCAGCACUGACUAAACUUAUUGCAGGGUGUAAACAUAAGGAUAUACUUAAGAAUGAUCUCAAAGAAAUUAUAGAAUAUGCUACGAAAUUACGAGAUAGAGCAGACAGCUUGAUAGCUAGAGGUGCUACAGAGGGUGCUACCCGAGGGUUAGUUGAUGAUAUGAUCGGUAUAAUAAUGGAAGUAAAAAAAUGUUUAGAGAAAGCCAGUCUUGUCUCUGCUGAAGCUGAGCGAUUAAGUCAAGAAAUUGCAGCAAAGAAAAAGGAAGAAGCAGCAAAGGCAGUCCCCCCUCCUACUACUACUUCUGCUGCUACAACUGUUCCAAGUUCUGCCACCACCCAAGCAACUACUGUUGCAGGAGUUUUGAAUGUCCAUGUUAGUGAUGAAUCGCGUAAACAAUAUGAAGAAGUUUUGACUAAGUUGAAAGAAGUAAGCAACUAUUUUAAAGAACUCAAAGAGUCCAAGGACCAAAGAGUAAAGAAAAUUCGGUUUGGUUUACACAAAGCUGUUAAUACUCCGGUGAAUGCGGUGUCCGACCUGUCAGGCUCUCACCUCAAGGACAAGUUGAAUAAACUGGUUCGACUUCUCUCUGGGCAAAUGGUUGAAGUCUCAAGCCAGAGAAUCUCAGCUAUCGCUCAUCCAGGAGGUGUUAUGUUUUGUAAAGACUUAUUGGCCAAAAAACUUGUGAAACAAGGUGAUGAACAAGUAUCUUCUAAUCAUGAAUCAGCUUUUGUGUAUGCUGCCCUCACAGUAGCAAUUAUGUGCGAGUUUCCGGAUAUGCGUGAUUUGAUCCUGGCAUACUUCUACGAGACCUGCCCGUAUCUUAUACCAUACUAUAUUCCCAAGGAAGAAUCACAAUCCUCAGAGGACUAUUUUAAGACUCUUGGUUACCAGCAUGAUAGUGAUGGUACGGCAGAAAAACAGGAUAAGUUCUUGAGGAGAAUGUCAGGAUAUACACGUCUGUUUGCUUCUAUCAUCAUUACACAACCAAUCCAGGGAACACAGCAUGCACACCCACUUGGCGUUGAUGCAGGUUGGAAUUUUGUAUCAAACAUGCUGUCGUUGGAACCGCAACCUGAUAUCACAGCAACAGUACUAUUUGACUUUUUGCAGGUUGCAGGAUCCACUAUGCUACAGAUGUACGGAAAACAAUUCCACAAAUUACUACACAUUCUCUAUCAAGACUUCUUCCCAAAAAUUGAAGCGGUGAAAGGACAAGGUGGAGGAGGGCCGGUAAUGCGACUGAGAAACUUUUUGGAAGAAUGCUUGAAGAAGAAUCAUAUUCCUGCACCUAAAGGGUUGUUGCCACCACAUUUCUGGAGGACAUAGGCCUAGGUGAAGAUUUUCAAAGAUAAGAGAACAACAUGCAAGAAACUGACGGUCUGGCAGGAUCCAGCACCUGUCUUUAAAUUGUUUCUGAAUAAAAGAAUUUGUGGUUUGCGACAUUAACAAACAUACACACAACAUAGGUUUAUGUCGAUGGUAUGUGGAGUUCAAACAACAAAUUAGCUUUUUCAGAAAAAUAAUAUUGUGCCAAUGUUUCGUACUUGGCAAAUUUUGUUUUAAUACAGGAAAUGAAUGAAGUAUUAAAUUAUUAAAAUAGUGUAUAAAUUAAUUCUAAUGAAAAUUAAUGAAUUCAUUAAUUUGAAUAUUUUUUUAACAAUUUUUAGUAAAGUACUGUAUUGGGAGAAACUUUUUUAUAAUUUUUUAAAAGGAUGCAGACGGAGAAGUAUUCAACACACCAAACAAUAUUGAAUGUAUAUUUAAUAUUUAUGUCAAAAUUAAUAAAAUUAACAUUUUAAAAUGUUUGUUUCACCUU